AACCGAAUACAAAACCGAAGCGUUGAUAGGUGCCGUGGGUGGACUUAAGAGUUUGUGAAGGUCCUUGGAAGUAGCAUUACUUCUUUCUUUAUGGCCGCAUAGGUUUUGAAUUACAGUGUAAGUUUGGCAAGCAGGCUCCAAUGGGCACAUCCAAGUCUGACCUGCAGAGCGUAGUGAGCGAGGCGCUGGCCAACUUUGUCCAGCAACAUAUACCUGCUGCCUCCUUAGAAUGUGUGGACGACAUAGUGCUGAGUUACGUGGUCGGCAUUCUGGAGGACCUCGGCGAGGACGAGGACGGCUUCGACGUCGAGGGCUUCACCGAGAUGCUGGGCGCCUACAUUCCAGAGUUUGCAGACAUCAAGCCAGAGCAGGUGUGCGAGUGGAUCUUCGGCUUGGCGUCCGAGCUGGCCAAACGGCGAGAAGAGGGCCAGUCGGCCAACGGCGGCUGUGACCCGGUGGCGCUGCUGGCGUCGCAGAUGGAGUCGGCGCUCCGGCCGCGGCCGCCAGCCGAGUCGGAGCCGGGGCCGGCCGCAGCUCGCACGCCGCGCCUCUCCGAGACCAGCGAGGCCAGCUCCGACGUCAGCGACGCCGCCUGGGAGGAGGAGCUGCGGCUGCUGGCCGACAUGUUCCCGGCCGCCUGCGCCCUGGAGCUGCGCCACUGCCUGGCGCUGGCCGGCGGCGCCCUGGAGGAGGCUGCCCAACUGCUGCUGACGCGGCAGGAGGCUGGCGACGCCAUCACGCAGUCGCAGCAGAUGCUGAGCCGGCGGCGCGCCGACCGUCAGAAGCUGGACGACAAGUCGCUGAAGGCGCAGAUCAUCGCCAAGUACAGCUACCAGGACGUGGACGACAGCCGCCGGGAGCACAAGCCGCACCUGCCCAAGUCGUCGCCUAAGAAGAUGGUGCGUUACCUGGACAACAAGGUGGUGUCGCUGAAGGGCGAGCGCUUCACCGAGAUCAAGCGGGCCGAGACCAAGGACGACAUGAAGAAGACGUACGUGAGCCUCAAGCCGCUGAAGCAGUACCGGUUCCACUAGCGCGCGGUCGGCCGGCGGAAGCCGACGCCGCCGCGCCGUCCGCAGGCCAGAUGAUACGCGCCGAGCG